CCUCCUAGAAAAUGAUCUAGUGCUAAGGUAGCAGCAGAGGCAGGGGAAUGAGAGAAAAUGUAGAGAGAAGAAAUUGAAAAUAUUCAAAGGCUUUUCAUCUUUUGCAGACGACUUGGGACUUGUUGGUCAAGAAAUCAAAUGGAGGAGAACCCGCCUCGUGUUUCACGUACAAAAGGGACCCACGAAGGCCCGAGAGCCGGACCCACAAGGAAGAGUCGGCACAGUAGCUUUGAUGAUGGCGGAGAUCAGAUCGAGUGUUCUGGCAAGCAUUGCCGGGCAUGCACCGCCGGGUUGGUAGCCGACUGCGUGGCGCUCUGUUGCUGCCCGUGCGCUGUGGUGAACCUUCUCGCUCUUGCAUUUGUGAAGGUCCCGUGGAUGGUGGGGAGGAGAUGCUUGGGACUGGGAAAAGAGAAGGGUCGUCAGAGGCUGGAAAGGAAGAGGAAAUGCAGGAGAAGUGAGAUUGACUGCGUGGUGGAGAGGGAUGGCAAUGGGAGAAAGACGACGGCGGUGGCGGAGGAGGAGGGAAAAAUGGCGGAAAUCGCAUCUGGGUUUGGUGAGGAAGAGGAAGAGAGAAUGUUUGAAGCAGAGAAGGUUUGGCUAGAGUUGUACCAGGUUGGUCAUUUGGGUUUUGGAAGGGUUUCAUUCACUGGAAUUUAAUCGCUGGGUAAGGGCAAUUAGGGAAGAAUAAAGGGUAAAUAUUUUGUUAUUUAGUUGUCUCUAAUUAAGCAUUACCCCAUGGGCUUUGGGGGUAUAUAGGUGUCACCACUCCAAAAUUAAGCUUGGCCUUGA